AUGGGAGCAUGGCUUUGCACAAGCUCAAAAAAUGCCGCAAAAUCCGAAGGCACAUUACUUCAUCCGUCGACACCCGACAAAGAUUCUCGACAUGGUGCACAACAUCAUAUCGGUAGUAGUGGUACGCAUACUGGUAUCACAAAUUCCGUUCGAAAGAAUGAAACGCGAACCGAAAGGAAACAUCCUACGGUCGAAUCGACUCCUUCUAUACGAUCCAAUGCAGUAUCAACACCGAUUAUCACAAGAGAAAGAGAAGGAGAUGACAUUAUGCAACAAUCGAAUGCAGGUAUAAGUUUAACAGAAUCGCAAUUCUAUGCGCGAACAUCAAAUACACCACAAACAAAACGAUCGGACUUGAACGAAAGAAAAAUGAACGAGAUAUCGCACGAUAAUGUCGCUGAUAUGAAAAUAAGCAGAAAUCAAAUGGUCCGAGAUAAUGUGUUACCAACACAUUGGAUUAGAGAUGAAAAAGCCGUACAAAAGCAAGAAUUCGUUCUCAAUGAACCUGUUGACACGAAUUCCCCUUCGAUGAGUCGACCGGCACGACCAUUAUCAAGCACAAGUGUUAUCAAUCCUUUUGAACGUCUUCGUCCAAUGGAUAUGCAAAAUAAGCCGCAUGAAUCCAAAGAUGAGUCUUUACAAAUCUUCGAUCAACUAUCAAAUUCAUCGAGUCAACCUAUACCACAACAGAAAAUUUCAUUGGAAUCGGUUCCUGUGAACAAAUUCACACGAAUGUCGGCGGAACCAAUCGACGAUAAUAACGAUUCAUCCACAUCCACAGCGACGAAUCGUUCAAUUCAUCUACCUGUUGAAAAACAACGCGGUAUGUCCGAAAUCAUACGAAAACGUAAUAGUCGUUCGAAAGUCGAAGAUUACAAACGAUCGAUUCAAAAAGCUAGCACAUACGACGAAGAUCAACAUACGAUUCCAUCGAAAGUUGAGCAUGAAUUAUCAUCCGUGAUAGAAAAUGCUUCACCAACGGAUCGAAAACCUAAACAAAUCAAUAAAGCAUUUUCUGUCGAUAUACCUAUCAGUUUCGAACAUAAUAAUGAUAAUCGCGCACAGAUGUCGAUCGAAAGAUUGAAUGUCUUAUUAUCAAAUGAAGAAUUGCGAGAUGUGACGAAUGAACUUGAUGAAAAGGCAAGCGUUGCCAAUAAGAAAACAUUAUUCGAAACAUUCUCAAAGGAUCCAAAACUUGGAGGAACUCUACCUCGCUCAAAAUCGUUCAAAACUGAGGAACCUGCACCACCGGCAAGAAGACUCAGUAUCGAGAAUCAACGUUUUGAAAAAGAAGAUCAACCUGAAGUCGACAGUCCAACCGAAAAGAAGCAACCCGAAGAUGAAACAUUCGAUGAUGAUAUUUCAAAACUAUCAUUCAAAGAAAAAAUGACUUUGUUCAAAAAGAAAAAUAUCAUUGGAACACCGACGCUAGCAGUAGCCAAACCGAAUCGAAGUCGACUUACACAACCAAUUACAGCCGAAGAAGUUCAAGCUGCUGUGAACUUCACUCCACCAUCGAGCACAAAAGAUUUAUCUGAAAUUCAUCCUGAAAUAUAUGAAUACCUUGAGCAUGAUCAUUUAUUUUUAUCAUCGUCCAACGCACGAGAUAUCGAUCUGCAUGAAAUGUACAAACACACAUUUGAUGAAACAAACAAAACCAAUCCACCCGACCAAGACAUAAUCCUACCGGUGAGCAAAAGAUUGGAGCAAUUCAAAAUACUUGGUGAACCCGAAUUGAUAAAGCCACACAAACUUAUGGAAGAACAUAAGAGCACGCGUAAAACACCAACAAUGAAAUACAGUGGGAAGAAAACCAAUACCGAACAGCAACAACGUGCAAAAACUGUUGAUAUUGUUCGUCUCAAAACUGACUCAACUAUUAAAUCCAAGGAUGCCAAUCAGACAUCGAUAUCAACAAAGACAAGGAAUGGCACAACAUCAGCAAAAGCGAAUCACAAUGUCGUUUCGGUAUUAAAAUCGGACACAGUAUCGGUGUUAAAGCCUGAUGAUCAUCUGGACGAUUUCUUUGGAGAUGGAAAUAAGCUGUUCGCUAAUGAAUCGUCAAUUCAUCUGGAUGCCGAUGAUCUCGAUCGUAUUGCCGAGAAUACUGUUCGAUUGCAAUCCCAACCGGCACGUGUUCGGCCACCACGCCGUCAACAACAGGGAGCGAAGAAUCCUCUCCGUCAAAUCCAAGCAACUGUACCAACAGAGAACGAAUACACUGAAGUUCGCACCGAUCUUUCAGAACAAGAAGUUCGUCGAAUUAAACGAGCACAAAUUGGCGAAAAUGCUGGUCUAGCUCAAGAAGCGUUGGCUGCACUGGCCGCAACAGAAAAUUUCGCUGAAAUAAGCUUACGUAAAGUCGAUCUCUCUCCCGUUGUCAAAUUUGGUUAUGAACCCUACAAGGAAACGAUGCUUAUCCUAAUAAAAGGCCGUCGUCAAUGUUCGUUGCGGUUAAUUAAUCCCAUUUAUGACUCAAUCAAUGAAGGCGAUUGCUAUCUAUUAAUAACACCAUUGAAAGUCUUUGCAUGGAUCGGUCGUUAUGCGAAUACAUUAGAAAAGGCAAGAACAACAGAUCUAAUUGAUUAUCUAAGACAACAUCGUGAUUUUGGUUUACGUAACGAAGUGAAGUAUUUCAUCUUAGAUCAGGCUAAAGAUGAUACAGAAGAUGACAGUCAUGCAGAAUUUCGUGAUAUGUUGCAUGGUGAAAUCGAUGAAUACAAAUCGAUGGACGAAGUCACAGAUGAUGAUGUUUAUGAGGCGAACAUCACGGAACUGACUCGCGUGUACCGAGUCGAAAACGAUUUGUUAAUGCCAUUGGAGAAUUUUUGUUUUCGUUCAUUAUCGAUUCAAAUUCUUGAUCCUAACGAAGUGUUCGUGUUUGAUUUUGGCGCUGAACUCUACGUUUGGAACGGCAAGUUUGCUGAUAAAACGAAAAGAAACAUGGGUUUACAAUUAGGUCAACAACUGUGGAAUGACACAUACGAUUACAGUGAAUGUGCACUCAAUCCAUUCGACCCACUCGAUGAACAAGCUGAUCAAACUACGUCCAGCGGUGCAGUUCGACCGGAGUGGUGUAUAUUUGGAAAACAAAAUCAAAACGUUGAAACAUUAUUAUUCAAAGGUAAAUUCUAUGAUUGGCCAGGUGAUCUUCAAGAAUUGAAACCGGCCAGUGAUACGACAAACAAUGUCACUAAAACACCGUCCUCACAACGCCCUCCGUCGAUUCUCGAUACUCUUAAACCAGCUGAUGUGCAAAAGAUGCUUUCUAAGCCGGACACUCCGGUCAAUCUAGUCCUCGAACAAGUCAGCUUAGGUCGAGGCAAACAUUGGUUUGAUCCUGUUGAAAUGCGCGGACAUGAAGUUCAAACGAAUUCGUUAGAUAUUUGGUACAUAAAUGAGAAUGAACGGUAUGAAUUACCGAAGUCAAGUUACGGUCAAUUCUAUUCCGACGAAGUCUAUAUCGUUCGUUGGAGAUAUAAAUUAGUCACAAUAGUAAACAGCAAAUCAUCCGGACAGAAGCCGGACACAGGUCGAAAUCGCGUUGCGUAUUGGAUUUGGCAAGGUGCAAACACAAAUCCGAAUGAGAAAGGUAUUUCGGCAUUAAUGUCAGUGUUCUUCGACGAAGAAAAAGGUCCACAUAUUCAUGUUACGCAAGAACAUGAAGAUGCCACAUUUUUACAAUUAUUCGAUGGUACAUUAACUAUUCAUAUGGGUAAACGGAAUCAAUUGCCAGAGAAGAAAUCCAAUUGGCAUCUAUAUGUUUUUCUUGGUGAAUUUGUGGAGGAAACACAUUGGUGGGAACUGUAUAUAAGCACAGCUAAUUUACGUAGUCGAACAUCGUUGUUAUUGACAAAUAAUCAUGAGAAUCUAAUGUUGCUCUGGCAUGGAUGUGGAACAACAGAUGAACAACAAAUAUUAGCUCAUCAGUCGGUAAUGAAAUUACGUGAACGAUGUCCGGAGGAAUUUCAUUUUGAAGGUGACAGUGAAGAUAUUGAAUUUUUCGAAAUGCAAGAAGGUGACGAGAUAGAACUGUUUUGGGAAGGAAUGAAUGAACGAAAUCAUCAACGACGAUAUUAUUCAUUACUAAAUGCACAAUCAGUUGCAAAACUCGCAUCAUCGAUACGUAUCUUUCAUUUAUCAAGUCUACAUGGUCCAUUUGUUGCUCAAGAACUUCUUUAUCCUCUUCGUUCUCCUAAUCAUAUUUCACCAUUUCCAUUUACUCAAUCUGAUCUUUAUGAACUUCACCAACCGGCUUUGUGUUUAAUCGACACAAAUGCGGAAUUAUAUAUAUGGCAAGGAUGGAAUGAUCAAUCAGAUGUUGAACAUUCGAAUACCAAUGCAUCAGUUCGUGCUCCAAGAGACAUUCGAUUCACCACAGAACGUCGUUGCGCAUUUCUGACUGCUCUGAACUAUUACAAAGCCAAAACGGGUUCAUCUACACUUGAUCUACCAUGUUCGAUUGUCUAUGCUGGUUUAGAACCAAUCGAUUUCAUCAAUUUAUUUCCGAAAUGGAAUGUACAUAUCAAAGCUCGACAACGAAAUCAAAUGGAAGGUAAAAAAGUGAAUCAAAAAGAUUCAGUCAUCGAUGUACUGAAUAACUUGUGUCGAGAACAGUAUAGUAUUGAAGAACUUCGCGCUCGUCCAUUACCCGAAGGUGUUGAUCCGUCGAAAAUCGAAUCGUAUCUAUCGGAAGCUGAUUUUCAAAAAGAAUUUCAUAUGACGAAAGAUGAAUUUUAUGCUUUGCCAUAUUGGAAACAAACGAAUAUAAAAAAACCGCUCGGCUUUUUUUAA